CACGAAUGCAGUGUUAUAUUUUGGAAAGCGCUAGCGGAAGUGCCACUAUGUUUGUAUGCUGUUUGAAAUGCUGCUCAUGACAUGCCACUUUUUGCUUAAAGUUUUUUGCCACGGCUUGUGAAAAUGAGCAGUGGCACAAAUCAGAGGACUUUAUUCCAAACUUGGGGUGCCUCCGUUUCUCAAAACAAAGUUGCUCAACCGGGAAAAGAUGCCAAAAAAGCCGCUGGACGGCGAAGAACAGCCCCAAGUAGCAGUUCUCAGGUAGCUAGCACACAUCCUCCUCGAAAUCCUCUAUGGACUGAAUUUGGUCAGGGGUCCACAUAUACUUCAGCAGAAACCCCAGUGAGGACAGAUGACCUGCUGCCUGGAUAUGAAGAUGAAGAUGAUGAUCUCAUGGUGGUGGCUGUCUAUGAAGCUGAAAGGAGUCUUCAGUUGGAUAAUGCUAACUUUUUUCAAGAUGACAACCCUACAGGAGCAGAAAACAUUGCCCUGUCUCCUGUCCCAUCAGGUGGGCAGACAUACCCAGACUUGCCAGGCUUUGACGGCUCCUCAGCUAAGGUGUGGAUCUACCCCACCAACUACCCUAUUAGGGAGUACCAGCUGAAGAUAUCAGAGGCUGCCCUGUUUCAGAACACACUGGUGUGCCUUCCCACUGGUCUGGGGAAAACCUUCAUAGCCUCUGUGGUUAUGUACAACUUCUACCGCUGGUAUCCAUCUGGGAAGAUUGUGUUCAUGGCCCCCACUAAGCCUCUGGUGGCCCAGCAGAUUGAGGCAUGUUAUAAAGUGAUGGGAAUCCCACAGGCUCAUAUGGCUGAGUUAACAGGCAGCACAGCAGCCAAACAGAGACAAGAGGUGUGGAGGUCCAAGCGUGUCUUCUUCCUCACCCCUCAGGUGAUGGCUAAUGAUCUGUCCAGAGACACGUGCCCGGCCCAGCAGAUCAAGUGUGUGGUGAUCGAUGAAGCACACAAGGCACUGGGCAACCAUGCUUACUGUCAGGUGAUCAGACAGCUUGGCAGUCAGACUCUGCAGUUCCGCAUCCUGGCUCUUAGUGCCACUCCAGGUGGAGAUACAAAGUCAGUGCAGUCGGUGAUCUCCAAUCUGCUCAUCUCCCACAUUGAGCUGCGUUCAGAGGAGAGUCCAGACAUCCGGGCUCAUUCCCACCAGCGCAGUGUGGACAAAGUGAUUGUUCCUCUGGGUGAGGCCCUUUCAGCUCACCAGGCUUGUUACCUGCAGGUGCUGGAGAAAUUCAUGUCUCGUCUCGUCCAGAACCGUGUGAUGGCCCACAAAGACCUACGAACCCUCAGCAAAUACCAGCUCAUUCUGGCCAGGGAUCAGUUCCGCAAGAACCCACCACCGCACAUCAAGGGUGGACAACAAGGAAUGCUGGAGGGCGACUUUGCCCUUUGCAUCAGCCUGUACCACGGCUACGAGCUGCUCAUGCAGAUGGGCCUCCGCUCGCUCUUCUUUUACAUGCAGGGAAUCAUGGACGGAUCCAGAGAGAUGUCCAGGGCCAAGAAUGAACUGCAGAGGACGCCCACGUUUAUGGAUCUUUACCAUAAGAUGGAAGCAAUGUUUGUGAAGCCAUCUGCUGAUCCAGAUGAGCCAUUCGUUUACAGUCACCCCAAACUGCAGAAACUGGAGGAGGUUGUGCUGCAACAUUUCAGACUGUGGGCUGAGAGCUCAGCUGGCAACAAUGGUUCGGGUCCUCAGGAAGUCAGCACACGUGUGAUGAUCUUUUCGUCGUUUCGGGAGAGUGUGCAGGAGAUCGCGGCUAUGUUGAAUCGACACGCUCCGCUCAUCAGGGUCAUGACCUUUAUGGGCCAAGCUUCAGCUGGGAAGGGGGUCAAAGGCUUCACCCAAAAGGAGCAACUGGAGGUGGUUCACAGGUUCAGACAGGGCGGCUUCAACACAUUAGUAUCGACUUGUGUGGGGGAGGAGGGCCUGGAUAUCGGAGAGGUGGACCUCAUUGUUUGCUUCGAUGCACAGAAGAAUCCCAUCCGCCUGGUGCAGCGAAUGGGACGUACCGGACGUAAGCGGCAGGGACGCAUCGUGGUCAUCCUGGCUGAGGGACGGGAGGAAAGGACCUACAAUCAGAGCCAGAGCAACAAGCGCAGUGUGUACAAGUCCAUCACUGGGAACAAAAGCGGCUUCCACAUGUACCCCAACAGCCCCCGCAUGCUGCCUGACGGGGUGAACCCCAAAGUCCACAAAAUGCACAUUACUUGUGGCCAGUUUGAUCACCGGGAGAGCAGCAGGCGAUCCGUCAGGGGUCGACGGUCCCACUCUGAGGGACGGGCCUCGCUCAUCCACCCUCAGAACCUGAUUGAACUGCAGAGUGCAACGUCCGAUGGGUUUCUGAGCAGCGCAGAAUAUUCCCUGUGGGCGUCCACCAUGAAGCUGGAGGAACACGAAGCUCAUCCAACCCUGAGGCAGUCGCACUUCAUGUCCAUACCCAGUGCCCCGCCGCCUCAGGAGGAAAUUUCCGAAGGCAGACCACUGGCCAGGGAGCUGUCUUUGUGGGAAUGGAGACACUGGCAGCACAAAGCGCUUCCCUCCCAUGUUGUGCAUCAUUCCCUCCGCUGCAACCACUUUAUUAAGGUGAUGGAGCUCAUAGACGGCAUGAAAGAGGAAAAUGAGGGGGAAUGUCGUUAUGAAAAGGAGCUUCUUCCUUACCUCCACAAAGGCGACACUGUGAAGAGCAGACAGAAGAAACCAAAGGCCGCUAAGAUUUGCACAAAAACGACCAACAAUAAAUCGAAACCAUCUCACUCAUCUUGGUCUGAACUGGAAUAUAUUGAUGAGGAAACGGAUGCACCAGCAGCAGGGUUAUUUUCCACGUUGGCCUUGAUGAAACAAAGGCUACCUGUUAAUCAUAUCACUGAGGUACCUGAUGAUGGCAUUAAAGAUCCCUCAAGACCCGAUGGAAUUUGUUCUCCAUCAAACAGUCCAGUUGCUGAUAUCCACCAUGACUGUAUCAUUGCCAAUGAGGAUGUCGUGGAAGAUGAGCGUCCUCUAAAUUUAGACAGUAUUUCCAAGCUGGUUGCUAAAAAUGAUGAAGAUGUUGAACUUCAGGCAAUGUUCUACCUUCCCAAAUGGGAUUCAUCACCACGGUGCUGCUCUGACAAACUCCUCCCAGCGAGAGAUGAGAGUCUUAAGGUCAUCCUGGCCAACGUGGCCGAACUGCUGUCACGAUCUCCUCCAUCAAUGACUGACGUUUUAGAGGCCGCUCUGUCACUACCUCCCUCUCCUCAACCGCCCCGUCAGCCAUUCGUAGUCAGCUUUAGCUUGGAUGUGGAUGACGACGACGACGACAAUGAGAUGAUGAUGAGAGAUGCUGACAAUGCAACCCCCAGGCCAGAGUCAGAGGGUAGUAAACUCUCUUCCAACUGGCCCGGUCAGAAGGAGGAACCUGUCAGUAUUGCAGCCGACAGUCCGACUUGGGAUGAGGUUUUUGGAGAUGAAGAAGCAAACGACAAUAAUGAUGUGAAGGAAGACAACAAGGUGACAGAUGACAUGUGUUAUGACUUCACAGAGAAGCAGGUUGAUGUGGAAGCUGGAGAAAACAAGGAAAUGACUGAGAACAGAUUGGAUGAUGUGAGGGAUGCGGAAAUGCCACGUUUGACCGAUGGCGUGAAAGACGAUGGCGCCUCUCGGUGCAGCUCCCAUAUGGAUGAGAGCAUAGAUUUGUUUGAGGAUGAUGAAGCCUUUCUGCAGAUGACCAUUCCAGAUAUCCCCACUCCAAGGACAAACCCCCGUGCUGAUGACGUUCUUAAGAGCACAGAAAAGAUGUCUAAAACUGUGCACAUGAACACCCCAACAAAUCAGGAAUUAUCAUGCACAAAGCACAUGUCUCCUACUUCGAAUGCCAAGCUGAGAACUCAUGACACGAACACCCGCAACACUACGAAACUUAACAGACCAACACCAGCACAAGCUAAACAUGCAACAGAUGAUUCAAUGACAGCAGUUAAACAGGAUAUUAAAUCUCCUACAAUGCAAGAAAAUGUUGAGCCAUUUGGCAGCGUACACAACUUCUUUUCUGUCAACUUUGACCUCGGCUAUUCACUGGAAGACUCCGAGGAUGAAAAGGAAGAAGAAGUCACUCCUGCCCUGCGUAUGCCGGCAUCUCCACAGCCUAAAAAGCAGACUGACACCACUGUUGGCUUCCCGGCUGCUUCUACCUCUUCUACCCCGUAUAAUGGCUUCACUAGACAGAGAAUAUCUGAAGUAUGCAGUGAAUCAACGCCACAAAUGCUAUCCGAGCACAGGGCGUCUAACAGUGGUGCACUCCCAUCUCCAAUCACAACACUGGGAGCAAGGCGAACGCUCAUACCUGCUGUCAGCAGGCCUUCGUUGUCCAACUUAAAACGUAGACAACCAGAAGGUGGCGGUCCUGUGACAGUACAGCGACCAAGUGAGGAAUCUCCUCAUCCAGUAGAUCACAACAGUGACAGUGAAGAUGAGGUUGUGCUUCAUAAAAGAAGACAUCUGAACAAGUUCAAUCCCUUGUCGUCCCCAGAAGUGUCCAAAGUCACCAGUGAUGUGGAUUCCCCAGUGGUGGUGAAAAGAAAAGCUACUACUGUACUCAAUACUUCUGAUGAGACAGAGCGUGCAGCUGUUUCCGAUGACGACUUCCAGAACCAGUCCGUAUUCACACGCAGAACCACGCCAAAGGGAGCUCAGAGGCAACCAGUCAAACAGACCAAAGCUAAGCACACCAUAUACCGAAAAGGGCGUCAGUUCCUGGAUGAGGAAGCGCAGCUGUCGGAGGAUGAGGAGGGGGCAGACGUUUCAUCAGAUGAAGAAGACGGAGAGGAACAGAAUCAGUCUCUGGACGGCUUUGUGGUCGACAACACGCACGCCUCGCAGGGACUUAAUGACUCAGAGAUGCAGGCGCUUUACAUGAAAUCAGUGAGAAGCCCUGCUAUCCAGGGCAAAUUCAAAAUGUCCUACAGAAACCAGCACAACAUGGAUAUCUUUUCCCAGGUGCCUGAGAUGGAUGAGACAUAUGCAGAAGACAGCUUUGUGGUGGGCAGCGACGUGGAGGAGCUGGACAGCAGCGAGGAAGAGGAGGAAGACGUUGAACUAAUGCCUGAGGCCUCGUACGUGGACGGGAGAAGGCAAUACGCCACCAGACGCCGUGUUUUCUUGCACAAAGCCAGAGCGAGAGCCGGAGCCAACUCUCCACCCGAGAAGAAAGGUGGAACGAAAACCAAACGCACCCGGGUCUUACGCAUUAACGAUUCUAGUGAGGAUGAAACGGAAGAAGUUGGGAAAGAGAAGAAGAGUCUCCCAACGGGAGGAGGUGUUGUUCCCAGUUCCUCUGCCUCUGCAGCUAUUGCAUCCAAGGUCUCAUUGUUGAGCAAAGCACAGAGAAGCUCAGUCAGUGAAGAACAGAAAAAUGAAAGGUGUCGCCAGAGGUUAGAAAAUCAACAUCUCCUCUCAGAUGAGCUCGACUUUAUGGAGCCACAGUCAAAGAAACAACCUCAGACACUCCCUGCUGCUUCUUCACCUCCCCAAAAGUCCACUGUGCAGGAUUUAUCAGUCACCGAGCCUCCUGCUUCUUCCGGGUCCGUUAGCAUUCUGGUGGACAGCAGCUGCAUCAGUAGCGGAGUGGACCUGAUAACCAGCCUGCGACAGCGACACGCAGCCACCGUCCACGUCUGCUCGCUGGACGGCGGCUACUUCAUUGUCAGCAACCGCAUGGCUGUGGAGAGGCACAGCCAAUCAGAUUUGGCCGCCACGCAGAACCGGAAGGAACUGGUCAAAAGAGUGAACAGACUGCAGGGGCUGUUUGAACGCGUGUGCCUGAUAGUGGAGAAGGACCGAAUCAAGAAAGGUGAGGCGUCACAUCCAUUUCAGCAAACGCGUUUCUACGACACCACUUUGGCAGCACUGGUUCGUGCGGGCGUUCGCCUGCUGUGGAGCGACGGUGCUGAGGAGAGCGCAGGCCUGCUGGCCGACCUGGCACGACUGGAGCAACGGAAAGGUCAGGGCAUCGGCGUACCGCUGGAGGUCAAAGGGCAGCACCGAGAGGAGAUCCUGCAGGUGUAUCUGAGCAUGCCUUCAGUCAGCUACGUCCACGCCCUCAACAUGACCAAUAACUUUGGGUCAGUCGCCGAACUAAUCCACAGCCCGAUUGAGGCCAUAGAGAAAGGAGGCUGUAUGAGUCGAUCCAGAGCCGAGGAGGUCUAUCGUUUCCUGCGCUACUCCUGUGACACAUUCCUCGCAUCAAACGCAGGCAAAAACAGCUAGCAGACAGAGAAACACUGUAGGAAUUCCCAAAUACAUCUCUAUCACUCAGCCCUUGUGAUCUUUCCUUUCUAUCAGAGCAUCUUUACCGCUCUCUGUCUUUAUUACCUUCUGUUUACCAGGAAGCAGAGGACACCAGUCACUAUGCUGCAUCAGAGUACCUGCUCUGUCUAAUAUUGCUGCUGAAGAGCCUCAGCAUUUUUUGCACAAGAAAUUUCUUGAUAUAACAUAAAACAGACUAUCUGGCUCAUGCAGAUUUUUUUUAAGUCAUUUGGGUGACUUUGUCUUAAGACUGGCAGUGAUUCUGUUGGACCAGAGAUAAUAAGGACUCAAUCAUAUUUAAUACACUUUAGUAACUUAUUGUAAAAUAAUGGAUACCUUAAUUUUCAACUGUAGCCUGAAUAUAUGUCAAAAUUAUUUAAUAAUUUUUUUUUUUUACAUGAAAGUAUUUGUGUGCAUAAUGUUUACAAAUAGAAGUCUAUUCUAAACCCAAAGUGUAAUUAAAUCCUAUAAUAUCCAUCAAUAACCCCUACAGGGCAGCAUUUGUUCUCUUUAGCAGAACAUAUGGAUCUCAUUCAUUUCUAAAACCAAUAAAUACUCAAAAUAUCGUGCUAGUAGUACCUGUGAAAGUCUUUUAUUUCACCAUUCUCUUAAAGAACUACAUGAGGAUGUGCUACUUUGGUGUAACUUAUUGUACAUAAACAAGUACAGAACACGAAAGCAACAUUUAAAGCAGACCUUUUACAAAAAUAUCAGGAAUCAUGUUUCAUCCACCAAUAAAGACAAACUCAGACUUCAGAAACAUGGAGAGAAAAAACAGAAGAACACAAGGU